AUGUCUUCUCGCAAUGAUUGCGACUCUCCACUCAUUCUCUCAUGCACUUGCUCCGAAGAAAAGCAAUGCCAACCGAAUGCCUCCGUGUUACACGUGCAAGGAAGUGGAGAUGGCCAAACGAUAAUUAAUGAGGAGAGUGGUGGUGAGUCAUCGUUCACAACCAUGCUCAGUCAUAAUAGCAAUAAUGAAGAACUGAUUGAAAAUUCAUCAUCAUCAUCCUCAUCCUCAUCGAUUGGCACAACAACGAGUUCGAGUGGAUAUGACGAUACAGAUGAUGAAAAUGAUAAACAUGAAGAGGCAUUUAAUAUUAUGAAUGAGAUAAAUAAUGAAAUUAGAAGACGAGAAAAACGAGAACCACUUCCUUUGUGGAAUGAAAAAUUACUUUCUGAAUUGGUUCAUUUGGAAAUUGUUGAAAAUAAUCGAGAGAUGGGCCAAGAAGAGGAAUCUCAGUAUAUACCUUCUCAAUUUUUAAUAGAAUUAGAAAAACUUGUAAAUACUCGUGAAUUGUUUCAAGUGAGCAAUGUCACCAAAAUGAAAGUUGUCACGCAAGAAUUUAUUGCGACUUGCGACAGGGUUAAACAUAAAUUCUUAAAGGAUUUGGCAAAGGUCAGAAAGAAGUAUCUAGAAAAUAAGGAUAAUUGGAAGAAUGAACUCACAGAAAGAGAAAAAGAGCAGCUGGAAUAUAUUGAAUAUAUGGAUGACAGAUAUGGGAUAAUUUUUGACGAAUCUGAUUUCAAUGAAAUCAUUGGCCAGUUUUCAUGUUGCAAGGAACAUUGUAUGUGCUAUUGGAAACGAGCCCGAGGUUUUUACAAAACUUCAACGAAAAAUACCAAUAAUGUAGAUCUGAAAUUAUCCAUGUCAGCAAUUAGUGACAUUACUCAUGUGUUACAAAAUUUAGAAAAGAAUAUUGACGAUGAGUUUUUAUUAACACUAAAGAAAAUGCAAGCACUUGAGAAUAGAGUAUCCUGUUUAUAUGAUAUCAUAUAUAUUGUUGGAGACAUUGACAAGAAAUUUUCGAGUGAACAAUUAGAAGAUAUGGCUUUUGAAAAAGAAAUAGACGAUGAAGAAAGAAAACAAAAGUAUGCACCUUUGUCUGUAAAACUAAUUUAUGAAAUGGCGAGAAAAGACAUCAAACAAUGUUUUUCAAUGUACAAAACACAUUUAAUGAAAUACGGUGGUGAGGAAAAUUAUUGCAACAUUGCAAAGAAGUAUAGAAAUUUACAACUUGCUUCAUGCGAUUGUGAGAACAAACUGAAACUUCCAUCCCACCUAUUUAUUGAGAAUAUCAUUGCCACAUGUGGAAGUCUGUUUUGGUCCUACGCGAGCACAUGCAACUCCACGAAAGAACGUAAUACAUAUCACAAACUUGCGCACUCAUGUGUGAAAUAUGCCUUCCAACUCUUUCCAAAUUAUAGAAACACUAUUUUAUAUAGCAUUUAUUUGAGGGAUAUUUUAAAUUAUCAUGAAAGAAUACGAGUUUUAGAUCACUCUAUUGCCUUACAUGAACGUCUUCAUGAGCAACAUUUCGACGAAAAUUGCUGGUUGAGUGAACGUUUUGAAAUUGAGUGUGCGAAAAAUCCAUUCUCAUGUAUUUGCUCCAAUGACAGCCACGACGAUACUGAUCUCACCACUCUCUACAACAAUAAGGCCCUUCAACUCAAGCUCAUGGGCAAAUAUUCUCAAUCUCUCGAAACCUAUAACACAUUAAUGACAAAAUACAUUAUUCCACGUCACCAAGUGUAUCCACAAGAAUUUUCAAAUCCUCAAGAAAUUCCUGAAACAGAAUUUGAAGCUUGCAAUAUUCUACGAUCGAGUGAGCUGUUGAGUUGGCGAAAAGAAGAGGCCUUCAUUCUAAACAAUCGAGCAUUUACCUAUAUUUCACUUGAGAGGUACGAUGAAGCUGUUGCUGAUUUUCAUAGAGCCUAUCAACUCGAUGCCUCUCAACAUUCAUAUUCUCACAACCUUGGUUUUUCAUAUUCUUUUAAGGAAGACCAUUCCAACUCAGUGCUAUGGUACACAAAGUGUAUUGAAUUGUUCAAAAAGUCUGGAAAUGACAAAUCUGAUAUUCUUGACACUUACAGAAAUAGAGGAAUGAGUUUAGUCGAUUGGAAAAAGUAUGAUUUAGCCAUCAUUGAUUUUUCCAUCUAUUUGGAUGGAAUUUAUGAGGAAUAUUCAACACCUGAAGAAACACCUGAAAAUGUGAAGGAAAAUAUGGCCACAGCAUUCUAUUCGAUGGCCAUGUGUAAGAAACAUCGAGGAUAUAUUGUGAGUGGAAUGAAUGAUCUUUUGAUUGCAAGAGAAUUAAUGUCAGAUCUUGAAAUUUUAGACCUUGAAGAAUGGGAAGCUGAAUACUCGUCCAUGUGUCUGGGAUUUUACUUGACUCUGUAA